GUGAGAAUUUCAUUAACCUUGGCCGUACACGCGCAGGCUGCACAGCGCUAUUCAGUUCCAUCUUAAUGCAUGCUCCCCCCCCCCCCACCUUCCCUCCCCUUUCUCUGAUCCUGCGAAGGGAAGCUUACACUGGUCUCCUAGAUAAGGCUGGGUCUGUGGAGCGGCUGUAGAACCUGAGCCCAAAAUUAUAGAACGUUGGCCCGGGAGCGUAGAACCUUAGCCCAAGAUUAUAGAACGUUGGCCCGGGAGCGUAGAACCUUAGCCCAAGAUUAUAGAACGUUGGCCCGGGAGCGUAGAACCUUAGCCCAAGAUUAUAGAACGUUGGCCCGGGAGUGUAGAAUCUUAGCCCGGGAAUGGAACGUGGCGGUGCGGAGUGAAGCGAAGCCCGUGCUCCGAUUGACAGCGAGCGUUUUUCUCUCUGUUGCAAGUCUUGAUUUUGUUUUUUUUGGGCAGCGGGGAGAGUGCAUGUUUUCCUUAAUUCCCCCCUCCCCCCCUGUUGUGAGGUUUCUUGCCUUUUGCGGGGAAAAGUCCAAUCUCGAAUAAGAGAAAAUGAGGGGAGACUGAGGACAAUCAGUGCAACUGGACAAAACCCUUAUCGCCACAGCAACCAGCGCUGCUGGCGUACGCCCACAUCUCUUCCUGUCUGUUUGAUGUAAGAAAUUACUUUUUCUUGCUUGUCCUCUCUCUCUCUCUCCCUCCCUCUAAUGCACGCAUAUGUUUAUGUAUUACUUCCUAUCGCCUUCCUGACGCGGUGUCAUUUGAAGCUGUUUUAAUGAAAAGCUCUGGAUGCAGGGUGGGUGCGUGCGUGCAGCGCCUGCUUGUUUCUUGAGUGAAUUCUGCCGAGCUGAAUGCAAGCAGGACGACAGUGCUGUGCUGACAGGUGCCCCAGUUUCCCUGAGCUUCACUUCCCUGCGAUUCAGUCCACAACCAACGAGUCAGUUUCAAUUUGGAAAUUACAAGAACCCUCGUAUCGAGAGGAACAAUUGGUUUGGAAGGGAGACAUUUGUAUUGUAGUUUAGGGACAGAAGAAACUUCUUCACAAUGAGAAUCGAAAAAUAAUUGGACGUGGAGCUGAAGAAAGCAACGGAUGACGCAUUUGACCAACUAGAACACGUUCAUCCAGGCAUACAGUCAUUGUUUGAAUGGAUAUUGGUUAUUGGCAGUAAAACUGCACUAGAGUUUGGAAAAGAACUGCACCCGUCAAGAUUUACACUGUUCUCGAGGAUUCAUUUGAUUUGAUGUUGUAACUGCUGCAGUGAGGUUUCUGAACGACAAUGGCUAAAGCAUACGAGUUUAUGUGGCUGAAGCCUGUUCCAGCUUUUAUGCAAGAAGGAGCUGUUUUUGACAGAUAUGAAGAGGAAUCAUCUGUAUUGGAACCUAGCUGCAUCUUUAAGGUUGAUGAAUUUGGAUUUUUUCUCACAUGGAAAAGUGAAGGAAAGGAAGGACAGGUACUGGAAUGUUCGAUGGUCAACAGUAUACGAUAUGGGACUAUCCCCAAGGACCCCAAAAUAUUGUCUGCACUUGAGGCAGUUGGAAAAGCAGAACACGAACUGGAUGGAAGAAUUUUUUGCAUUUGCUGUGAUGCCGACCUGGUAAACAUCAGCUUUACGUAUCUGGUGGCUGACAGUGUGGAAACAGCUAAGCAUUGGGUAGAAGGGUUAAGAGCCAUUAUUCACAACUUCAAAGCUAACAAUGUCUGCCCCAUGACCUGUCUCAAGAAACACUGGAUGAGGUUAUCAUUCCUGACAAAUGUAAAUGGAAAAAUCCCAGUAAGGAGCAUUACCAGAACCUUUGCUUCAGGCAAGACAGAAAAGGUGAUAUUUCAGGUACUGAAGGAACUAGGUCUUCCCAGUGGCAAGAAUGAUGAAAUUGAGCCGGCAGUGUUCACCUUUGAUAAAUUUUAUGCACUUACGCAAAAAAUUUGUCCUCGCACUGACAUUGAGGAGCUGUUCAAGAAACUCAAUGGAGACAAAUCUGAUUACUUAACUGUAGACCAAUUAGUCAGCUUUCUGAAUGAAAAUCAACGUGAUCCUCGUCUGAAUGAAAUUUUAUUCCCCUUCUAUGAGUCAAAAAGAGCAAUGCAGAUACUCGAGAAUUAUGAGCCAGAUGAAGAGCUGAGGAAACAAGCGACUAUGUCGUGUGAUGGGUUCUGCCGGUAUCUAAUGUCAGAUGAAAAUGCACCAGUCUUCCUUGAUCGUUUAGAAUUGUACCAGGAAAUGGACCACCCUUUGUCCCAUUACUUCAUCAGUUCCUCUCACAAUACGUAUCUCACAGGCAGACAGUUUGGAGGCAAAUCCUCUGUCGAGAUGUACAGACAAGUCCUUUUAUCAGGCUGCAGAUGUAUUGAAUUAGAUUGUUGGGAUGGAAAAGGAGAAGACCAGGAACCAAUAAUAACUCAUGGAAAGGCCAUGUGCACAGAUAUUCUUUUUAAGGAUGUAAUUCAGGCUAUCAAAGAAACAGCAUUUGUGACAUCUGAUUACCCUGUUAUCCUUUCAUUUGAAAAUCAUUGCAGUAAACCCCAGCAGUACAAGAUGGCCAAAUACUGUGAGGAAAUAUUUGGAGAGCUUUUACUGAAGCAACCCCAGGAGCUCCAUGUACUUGAAGCUGGCCGACCUCUGCCGUCCCCGAAUGACCUGAAAAGAAAAAUACUCAUCAAAAAUAAACGAUUAAAACCUGAAGUAGAGUCAAAACAACUUGAAACUUUUAAAAGGCUGAUGGAAGGUGGAGAAGCAUCCAGUCCAGCUAGUAUGUUGGAAGAUGAAAAUGAGGAAGAAACGGAAAAUGCUGACCUAUCUCCGAAUUCUGUUGACCAAAACGAGGAAGCUCAUCCUGAGCUGAAAUUCAAUAGUCAGCUUUCUGCAGAUGACAUUAUUCAAGAGAAAGAGGUGCAUAUCAACAGUGUGAAGAAGGUAAUCGAAGAUGCUGAACAGGAAAAUAACAAAAAGGGGACAAUAACUAUAGAAGAUGAACAGGCUUGGGUAUCAUCCUAUACGUAUGUUGGUGCUACCACCAAUAUUCAUCCUUACCUAUCUGCCAUGGUCAACUAUGCGCAGCCUGUGAAGUUUCAAGGCUUUCAGGUAGCAGAAGAACGAAAUAUUCACUACAACAUGUCUUCAUUUAAUGAAUCUGUUGGCCUAGGGUAUCUGAAAACCCAUGCAAUAGAGUUUGUCAAUUAUAACAAGCGACAAAUGAGUCGGAUUUACCCCAAGGGAGGCCGAGUGGAUUCCAGUAAUUACAUGCCCCAGAUCUUUUGGAAUGCUGGCUGCCAGAUGGUCUCACUAAACUUCCAGACCCCAGAUUUGGCCAUGCAAUUAAAUCAGGGAAAGUUUGAGUACAAUGGAUCAUGUGGUUUUCUACUUAAGCCUGACUUCAUGCGCCGCCCAGAUCGGACCUUUGACCCAUUCUCGGAAACCCCGGUAGAUGGUGUGAUUGCAGCAACCUGUUCUGUCCAGGUAAUAUCAGGCCAGUUUUUAUCAGAUAAGAAAAUUGGUACAUAUGUAGAAGUAGAUAUGUACGGUCUGCCCACUGACACAAUUCGAAAGGAGUUCCGAACUCGAAUGGUGAUGAACAAUGGUUUGAACCCCGUGUAUAAUGAGGAACCAUUUGUGUUUCGAAAGGUAAUUCUGCCUGACCUUGCCGUGUUGAGAAUAGCAGUUUAUGAUGACAACAACAAGCUGAUUGGUCAGAGAAUCCUACCUUUGGAUGGUCUCCAAGCUGGCUAUCGACACAUAUCCCUCAGAAACGAAGGCAAUAAGCCUUUAUCAUUACCUACCGUCUUUUGUAACAUUGUACUCAAAACAUAUGUCCCUGAUGGGUUUGGAGAUAUCGUUGAUGCUUUAUCAGAUCCAAAGAAAUUUUUAUCAGUGAUGGAAAAGAGGGCUGACCAAAUGAGGGCGAUGGGAAUUGAGACUAGUGAUAUAGCAGAUGUGCCAAAUGACAACUCCAAAAAUGAUAAAAAAGGGAAAACUAACCCAGUUAAAGCAAGUGUAACGCCACAGAGCAGCUCCGAGCUAAGGCAGAACUCGACUUCUGGCCAAGGAAUUGGAAAUGAUGCAAAGAAAGAUUUAACACUAGUACCUCAGGUGAAUAUUGAGGACUUGAAGCAAAUGAAGGCCUACCUAAAAUUGUUGAAGAAGCAGCAAAAAGAACUGAGCGCAUUGAAGAAAAAGCAUGCCAAGGAACACAGUGCCACUCAGAAAUCACAUUGUAUGCAAGUGGACAAAAUGGUGGCGCAACAUGACAAGGAAAAGUUAACGCAAGAGAAGUUUUUAGAAAAGGCAAUCAAGAAAAAGGGAGAAAAUAAUUGUAUUGACUUGAAGAAAGAAACAGAAGUCAAAAUAGAGGCACUGUCUUCAGACCACAAACUAAAGGUAAAAGAAAUCGUUACUCAGCAGACCAAGGAGUGGUCGGAAAUGAUAAAUGUACAUUGUGCAGAAGAACAGGAGCUAAGGGAUUUUCACUUGAGCCAACAGUGUGAUUUGUUGAAGAAAUUGCUCAUCAGUAUGCAGGAGCAACAAAGUCAGCAUCUGAAGCUUAUUCACGAUAGACUCAGCAAGGAAAUGCGUGCCAACCAGGCGAAGAGUUCCAUGGAGAACAGUAAAGCCAUAAGCCAGGAUAAAAGCAUCAAAAACAAAGCUGAAAGGGAAAGACGAGUCAGGGAACUGAACAGCAGCAACACUAAAAAGUUCUUGGAGGAAAGGAAACGGCUUGCAAUGAAGCAAUCUAAGGAAAUGGACCAAUUAAAAAAGGCUCAACUUGAACAAUUGGAAGGCUUGGAAAGACAAAAUGAUCAGCUGCUGAAAUCAUGUCAUGCAGGGUCUGGCAUUCAAGGCAAAAGAGAUGCGGCAGAUGGUGAAGCUGGAGGCAGAGAUGGCUCGCAGACCAGCAACAGUGGUCUGAAUUCCCCAGAAACAGACUGAGGCCGGUACCAGUCAGGCAUACGAUGAAUAGUAACUUCCACAAUACCAACACCAACAAUUUUUCCAUCUCCUCUUACCUCACAACUCUUUUGUAGCCAGCAAUUUUCAGUAUCAAAGGAUCUACGUACACCAAAAUGAAUGGUUUUGAUGUCAUGAGCACUUUAAAGGUUGCUGAUUCUACUUAAUACUUUUAUUUUAACCACCGUCUCCAGUAAAGGAAGUCAGCAAAGACAUGCUGACAGUAUUAUGACUUCAUUUUGUUUAAAUAACAUCAGUAGGAUGGAAAACAGCUACUGCAGCAAAUUGAGAAGGGAGUCACAAAACUAAAAAUGAUAUACACAGUAAGAACAGCAUUAAACUAGUUAGGACGCUUCAACUAUAUUUUGUCCUUUGCCAAGAAAUCUUCAUAUCCUGUGUACCCAUAAUCUAAAUCUGCAUACAUUACCAAUAAAUAUUCAGAAGCUUGGACAUGUGCAGAUCUAUCUACCAGAGCCCUGCCAUGCCCAUAACUUCUGAUGUAAGAUUGCAACAUACAGUCUUACUCUCAAUUUGGAGCUUCCAGGGACUAAUUAGAGACACAAAUAUUGGAUUUUGCUUGUAAAAAACAAAAUCUAAGCCAGACUUUAUAAUCCUUCCAACAUGACACACAAUGUUGACCAGAAUUGAUCGUGAUAAAGGUGAACAUCAUGCAAAUAGUGGUUUUACACACCAAACUAAAGGUAGUAAUUCUAAAUCAGAAAAUUGAUUCAUCCAUUAAUUUAAAUGUUCCUCUCUUUGCAUGGUCUUGCACAAGUAACUGGCUUGUAGUUUGCAAUGGAUUACUGCAUGUUUAUACUUCAUUGGACAGGUCAUUGUGCUGUCCAUCAAUGUUAGACUGCCUGAAAUACUGGUAGUUUCAUCAGCAAAAGUAUGAAGCUAACAUGUAUAUUGGUAGCUUUCCUGAAAUCGAUACCAAUGAAUCAAUCUGAAAACAAUUUGCUAUUUUCAGCACCUGGAACUGUCCGGGAUUCACUUAUGGAUCUUUAUCAGGAGUUGCUCGUAAGGGGAAACCCUUGUUAAGAAUGUUGAUAGAAGUGUUUUUUUUUUAAAAAUGUAUAAAACACACACCAUUACCUUUCUUACUUUAUAGUAUACAAUAAUGUGAACAGGAUAAGGCAAAAUGGGUCCACACUGAAGUUAAUGAUCUUUAUCGUCAAAACAAGAAAAUAAAUAAGAUUAGAAAUGUCGAAUCAGGGAGUUUAUUUAAUAUUCUAAGCACAUAAUGUGAACAAAAAAAUAUAUCUUUUAUUACACUGGUGCAGGAAUGUAGAACAUCUUUUUCUAAUCAAACACAGAUAACAAAGUACUCAACAAAGUUUGCUGAGGUUUGGAGCUACUGGGGCAAAGAGUCCUGUAGUCCAACCAGAAUGUGUAAAAUACACGUCACUCCAGACCAGGUAUUCACAGAAUCAUUUUACUUCAAGCAUAUGGCACUUAUCGGAAUAAAAUUUGAAAAUACGGGGCAAUCAAAAUAUUGUCCAAUUCGGCAUGAGCAAUCCCAUAUCCUAUAUGGCAAUAUGUCUUCAGCUGUAAAUGAAAAGAACACCUUUAGUGAUGCUGCAGAAAGCAAACUAAAAAUUCUCAGCAGCUCAACAUUGCUAAGAGUAUGCUGCACCAUUUUAUUUCAUUGUACAAUGCCUUGGGGAGGUCUGUGUGUCUAAAAUGUGUUUAAAACAUUCUUGCCAAAUGAUAACACAGGUUAAUGUGACCCAAGCAAAUUUCCCAGUAACGUCCCCAGCAUUACACAAGAGAAGGCAAAUGAACACUUAUGUUUCAGAGCAGAGAUGUUGAAAUAUAUCAUGAUGAAAUACUGUCUGUAAAUAUGUAUUUAAAGCUAUAACAUCAUUUAAAACCAAAAUGUGUUUUAAGGCAUAUCAAUUAUCUUAAGGGCUGUGUGGUCAUGUAAUACAUGCGGACUUGCUAAGAAUAUAUUUGUUUUCAAGAAUGCAAUUUCAUGUUAUCAGCCAUUUUGAGGGAUUCUUCUCCAGCAAGCCAUUUUUACCCUCUUAAAACAGAUAGCUUUUACAACAUAUCAAUUAUGGUAUUGUAUAUGUAAGGUGGUAUUACUAAAAUGUAUUGUGUACUACUGUAACAGUCCUUUUAAUGUGUCACUGGUAUACCUAACUGAUGCAGGCGGGUUACUAGAAUUGCUGCUUUCACAAGGAAAUGAAGUGCAAUGUCAAAAAAAAUUGAAUUAUCUAAAUUCUGCAACUCGGGUAUAUAGUUUUAAAAAUAAAACACAAAUUCAGUUCUGUUUGCUGGUAGAUACUGUCUUUAAAUGGCUGUUAUGUUUUAUAUUGGGUAACUGUCCGACUGCUUAUAUACUUAGCUGUGUAGGUUUGCUGAAAAAGCAGGCUGUUUUACAGUUAUCACUUACAUGUAUUAGUUUUGUUUAAAUAUAUAUAAAUAUAUAUAUAUAGAAAGAGAGAGAUUUGGUGAAGGUGUUUUAUAUUUAUAUUAUCUGUCAGAUUACAAGGUAGCAAAUCAUGAACUCUUAAUCAAUGUUCUCUUGAUUCUUUAAUACAAUUUUAUAGUUUCUGUACCCCAUUAUAAAUAAACGACAAAUGUGAGAAACGA